AUGCGUGGGCGGGGUGAGCUCCCAAGGCGAGGUCCAUUCUUAUCAUGGACAACUUGCACGCGCAGACCACGGACGAGUUCAAUCAAGGAAUAUCUUGCGAAGCACUGCAACACUCUCGCCUGGUAUGGCCCUUCGGAGUGCACAGACGAGGUGCAGCCAGUUGAUGCAGGAGCCGGACGAUUUCUCAAGGUGGAAGUCGGGAGGCAGAUGGACAUAUGGCUCGAGCAGUCGGACAACCUCGAGAGGUGGGAAACCGCGUCGUUGACAGCUUCUGAUCGGCGCGUCCUGAUCACUCAGUGGAUGGGAGCGGCCAUGGCAAGACUCAACAGCCACCUGGCGUACCGAUACCGUCUUUUCGAAAACGACGACGAACAAGGUUUGGAGAACGGCAACGAUGAGCCUGAGGGGCGGGCGGAGGAGGGCGAUGGAGGACGUGAGACGCUCAUGGAGGGCGUUGACUCCAGCGAUAAGACGACGGCGACCGACGAGCUAGCUCUUCUGGACGACGACGACAGCAUGGACCCACAAGACCCGGAGGAUGAGAUACAGGGAAUGGAGAUCCCGGCAGGCUUUCGUAUUCAAGAAGCUAAACCCGUUGCUCUUGACAGAUUGCUUUUGCGGCGUGGAGUGCUCGUUAGGCUGGGCAUGGGGUGGUUUGGAGGGCUGAUCACUCAACAAUCUCAGAAGGACACUCGCCACCUGUACGACUACUGUGUGCAGCUGGAGCUAGACCAGAGUACGCGCAAGAUGAAGUUGCCCUUAGACAAGCUCAACAAGGCAGUUUGGUAG